AUGAAUAAAUAAUUAGAUUUUAAUCUAAAAUUUUUAGAGCAUAACCCUUCUAAAUUUGAACAAUAUAAUGAGACUAAAAAUGGAUUUUACUUGGACAAUCCAAACUAAAUUUAUCUUUUAGAUGAAAAUGAGGGAUGGGCAGAUUAUAAUGGAUGUUAUUAUGAUAAUAAUGGAUCUCCUGCUGGAUGGGUAUUUGUAAAGGAUGGUUUAUAUACAAGAUAUAAUAUGAAUAAAGAAGAAGUAAAUAAAGAAAAAAAUAUCUAUUAUCCUGAAACUAUCUCUGAGGAAGAAAUGUAAAAAGGAUAAUUUUAAGCCUAAAAAUCAUACUAAAAAAGUUCUUAUUAAGAGAAUGAAAAUCUUGAGUAAAAUUUGAAUUCUGAUGAUUAAUCUUAAUCUUAAAAAUAAACUUUAGGAAGUUUAAAAGAACAUCAAUAAAAUUUUUAAAAGUAUGUUAAAGAUAAUAAUAUGUAAUUACAUCAAAUAUAAUUUUAACAAAGAAAUAACUAAAAAGGAUAGUUAUUGGAAUAAUAAUCAUAAAUAUAAAGUCAUGAUUAUCAUAGAGAUUAAAUUUAUAAUUAAAAUUAAAACAGGAAUAUACCAAGAAAUAAAUUUAAUACUUAUUAGAAAGAGUAAAAUAAUGGUUAAAAUGAAAGAUUAAAUAGAUCAAUUAGAGAAGAUAGAUAAAAUAAUUAUAAUAAUUAGAAUAAUAGAAAUAGUCUUGCAUACUAAUCUGAAUCUAAUUAAAAUAGAAAUUAGUAAAUAAAUAAUAGAAGUCUUAAUAAUAACAGAAACUAUAACAAAAUGAAUUAGGAUGAUCCAAGAAACUUUGAAUCAUAUAAUAACUACAGAUAAAAUGAUAAAGCAUAAAAUCCUUUCAAAGAGUAAACAUUCUAAUAAUAAUAAAAUUAUCAAAAUAGAAUAAGAAACUAAUAUAAUAAUUAGGAUGAACAUCAUUAAAUUGAAAAUAAAAAAGAAUAAUCUACAGAUUAUAAAUAAUAAUCUAGCCAGACUUAUUAGAAAAAUUAAUAUAAUAAUUACAAUAGACAUACAAAUUAUCCUAAUUAUCAAAAUAAUAAUCAUAAAUUUAAUAAUGAUAGAUAAAAGUAUAAUAAAAAUAAUAACUAUAAAUAAAAUGGUAAUUUUGGAUCAGUGAGAGAAAGAGAAUAUUAAAAGGAAGAUUCUCUUGAUUAAAAAUAAUAAUAUUAAUAUGUUUUAUGUAAGGAUAAUUCAUCAAAUUAAUAUCAAUCUAAUAAAUCAUUUAAGGAAUCGAAACAAUAACUUGAAUAGAAUAAUAAUUUGAUUCCAGAUAAAUAAGGAGUCCCUGAGAAAAGAGAAAGAAAAUCAAGAUUGCAUGAUCCAAUAGAAAAUUCAUAAUAAAAAGAGUAAUGA